AUGAGAUCGCCUUUAGUAGAUCGCAACUCAGGCAUUCAUAAUAUUGGAGAAGAGCCAACAAAACUUUUGCUUGUACCAUUUGAUUACAAUCAUUCAUCAUCGGAAGGGGAGUUUUGUCAAACUGCAGCAAAUCCCGAAUCGUGUAUCGACUGGCCUGUUUCUAAAGCGGAUAUGGCAGGAACACAGAACCUAAAUUCUGCAACAGCCGCUGCAAAACUAGCGCUUCCUGCCACUGCUUUUUCUAAUUAUUGUCCAAAACCCGCCGUAAAUCGACAAAAGGAUGCGCCUCGCACCAGUAUUCGAGUAUGCAAACUUCGUUAUUGGCAACGAGAUUAUCGAACAGCUUUCCCUAAUUUUUUAUUUUACUUGGACAGCAUCGAUGAGGAAAUUAAGAGAAGAAUCAUUCAAAAAAUAAGCAGCCUUGGAGCGAAAGCUACAACGACCUUUUCUUUCGAAAUCACUCACUUUAUAACAACAAGAACUCUAGAACCUGAAAGAUGUCCUCCAACAGACCCUCUGCAUCUCGCUAAAAAAGCAAACAUGAAAAUAUGGUCCAUUGAUAAACUUUUGAACAGAAUACUUUUCACUUUUCUGGACCCAGAUAGUCUCGCUAAUACCUCUGCCUCUAGCUUGCAAGCACUUUUGGAUGGUGAGAAAGUAUAUGGAGCAUCAGAAAAAAACUUUUACGUUCCAAGUAAAAACGUUGAGUAUUUUCAAGAGAACUUUCUAUGCAUAAGAGACCUUACUCAAUUUUACAAGCCUAUCGUACUUCGCGAGUGGGAAAGACCUGCUCAUAAUACAGAGAUUCUUUGGCCAACUUUAGGAAUGACAGUUCAAGGCAGAUGCCCUUUUAAUACUGGUCGCAGACGUGAACUUAAAAUAACCAAGUAUAAUCACCCAGCGCAUGAAAUUAGAGAUCAAAUGUUGAAUCAGUCUUACAAGCAAAAGAUAGCGAAUAAUGCUGAGCCAGAUCCCACCAGUGUCAUUGUAAAGCAAGUGAUGGGUGACUUUACCGCAACAGAAUCCGGCGCACCCUUUCAGAAACAAACUUCAACCGAACAGCUGAAAUCAUCAAACCCAUUAACGAUGGAAAAGAGGUCCGCUAUGACUCCACUGAAUAUCCUGGAACCUCGACUUAUGAAUAAGCAAAAUUUAACGGCUAAUCGAGCAACGCGAGCUCCAACUGGUGCUUAUGAGGUAGAUCCUCUAGCGCACAAGAAGGUUAAGGUGGACGCAAAAGCUGGUUACUGUGAAAAUUGUAGUGAGAGGUACAGAGAUUUGGAGAAGCACCUUCAAGGAAGGAGGCAUAAGGCCUUUGCGGAAAACAACGAAAAUUUUGCAAGCCUGGACGAAUUUUUCAGUCAAGUUCAAAGACCUUUACGUUUAAAGCAAGUCCGCUAAUUUUUACCCGUCAUUAAAAGAUAACGUUUAGCAAGCGC